AUGACCAAUGCAGUGGUCACUAAUACCCAGAUUUGUUGUAGUGCUGGUUUCUAUGGGCACCCUACCCUCUCUGAACGUCACCGGACAUGGUCGCUCCUCCGAGACCUUUGUCAGCAGUCUGCCCUACCAUGGACUGUUAUUGGAGAUUUCAAUGAAAUUCUCCAAUUUUCUGAGAAGGAAGGAGGUUGUAUACGUAGAGAGGGUCAAAUGCAACAGUUUAGGGAUGCGCUGUCAUUUUGUGACUUGAUCGAUUUCGGCUAUUUUGGAUCGCCUUUCACCUGGAGUCGGGGUGGGGUCAAAUGUAGGCUGGACAGAGUGGUGGGUUCAGUGUCAUGGACGAAUAUUUUUCCAGCAGUUGGGGUUUCAAAUUUGAAACCAAUUCAUGGCGAUCACGUUCCUGUUCUUCUUGGCGCGUAUCGUUCUCCUCCUCCUCCUGCUGAUCAACGCCGGAGGCCUCGCUUCCGUUUUGAAAGUUUCUGGGUGCGUCAUGAGGCCUGCGUAGAAGUGAUCAAGUCGGGGUGGGUUAGUGAUGAUCAGAACCAACCUAUGCUUCAGGUAUCCCAGAAAAUAAUGCAUACACGUUUUGCUCUUAAUGAUUGGCAGAGGGCUACAUUUGGACAUAGGGGUAGGGAGAUUGAAUUCCUUCGAGGCAGACUACAAUCUCUUCUUGCACUACCUAUUUCGGCUGUUAACCAGCAAGAAAGUAUGGAGCUAUCCUCAAAAUUGGAUGGUUUGCUAGCUGAGGAACAUGAGUAUUGGAAGCAAAGGUCGAAAUUGACUUGGCUCGCUGAAGGGGAUCGUAAUACUAAAUUUUUCCAUAGGAAAGCUUCUAAUCGACGAGCCAAAAAUCGGUUGACUGGGUUGUUUGAUAAUCAUGGAGUUUGGCAGUCCACUGAGAAGGGUUUGGAGGCUAUGGUCAUUGAUUAUUUUAGUUCGAUGUUCAGUGCAGGGGAUGUGGAUCUUUCUCAUAUGUUUUCAGUGGUGGAUUUGGUUCAGCCAAAGGUCACGCCUGAAAUGAAUUCUAUGCUUUGCUCUCCUUAUACGGAUGUGGAAAUUCGAGUUGCACUUUUUCAGAUGUACCCAACCGAGUCACCUGGACCAGACGGCAUGCCUCCUUUAUUUUUUCAACAGUAUUGGGACACCAUUAGUACUGAUGUAGUGGCAGCAGUUCAGAGUUUUCUCCAUUCUGGUCAGUUGCUUGCUUCUAUUAAUUACACUCAUGUCUGUUUGAUCCCAAAGGUGAAAAAUCCUACCUAUAUGUCCGAAUUACGUCCCAUUGCACUGUGUAAUGUCAUUCAUAAGAUUUGUUCUAAGAUGCUUGCCAACAGAUUGAAGAGUAUACUGUCUCAGAUUAUAUCUCCUUUUCAGAGUGCCUUUGUCCCUGGACGUCUGAUUACUGAUAAUACUCUGAUCGCUAAUGAGGUAUCCCACUUUAUUCAUAAUAAUCGGUUGAGUAAUGAUGGUGUUAUGUCUCUUAAACUGGACAUGAGUAAGGCCUAUGAUCGUAUGGAGUGGGUUUUCUUAGAGACUGUUUUGAUUCGCUUGGGUUUUGAUGAGAGUUGGAUACAUGUUAUCAUGCAGUGUGUCAAGACUGUUCGUUAUUCUUUUUUGAUUAAUGGUCAGCCUAGAGGCUAUUUGACUCCUACUAGGGGCCUGAGACAGGGCGAUCCCUUAUCACCAUAUCUCUUCCUGCUUGGUACAGAGGUGUUUUCAGCUCUUUUAGAGCAUAAGGUUUCUCAGGGGCAGCUUCAGGGGGUUCAGAUCUGCGCUGAGGCUCCUACGAUACACCACCUUUUGUUUACAGAUGAUAGCCUUCUGUUUGGUAAGGCUAGUUUGGAGGAGAGUUCUCAGAUCCAGGAUGUCUUAGUGGAUUAUGAGUUAGCAUCAGGUCAGAAGGUAAACUUUUCUAAGAGCAAUAUUGUUUUUAGUAAAAAGGUGUGCUCUUCUUUACAACAGCAAAUUGCAGACUCACUGGGUGUGGCCAUUGUGGAUAAACAUGAAAAAUAUCUCGGCCUACCUACUUAUCUGGGGAGGAAUAAGACUGAAACCUUUGCUUAUUUACAGGAAAGUUUAAACAAGAAACUUGAGGGUUGGCAAGGUAAGUUACUCAGUAGUGCAGGAAAGGACCUUCUUAUAAGGGUGGUGGCUCAGGCUCUUCCUUCUUAUACUAUGAGCUGCUUCUUAUUACCGAAGAAUUGUUGUGAUUCAUUGCAUCAGAAGUGUGCUAAGUUUUGGUGGGGCAGUAAGGGUGAAAAUCGUAAGAUUCAUUGGUUGUCUUGGGAUCGACUAUGUCAACCCAAGGAGGCUAGUGGCAUGAGCUUUCGUGAUUUAUAUGCACAUAAUUUGGCUCUCUUGGCUCAGCAGGGUUGGAGGUUAGUGCGUAAUCCGGGCUCUCUUUUGGCUCAGUUGUAUCAGGCUAAGUAUUUCCCAAAUGGAGAUUUCUGGUCUAGUGAGCUUUCUUCAUCUCCAUCUGCAUGUUGGAGGGGUAUCCAUGCGGCUAAACACAUUCUGAGGAGGGGUGUUCGUUGGCAGGUGGGGAAUGGUCGGCUAAUACGGCCUUGGGAGGAUCCCUGGAUCCCGAGACCUUCUUCUUUUCUACCUAUCAUCCGACAUGAGGUUGGACCGGAGAGAGUUUCUGCUUUAUUACUUCCAGGUUUCUCUUGGAAUCUGGCUCUUAUUAAUCAAUAUUUUGUGGCUGAUGAUGUUGAUUUGAUUUUAUCUAUGCCUCUUAGUCAGAGGGAUGUUCCUGAUCGUCUUACCUGGCAUUAUGAUAAGAAAGGUAGAUUUUCUACCAAGAGUGCUUAUGUGUUAGCUUUUGAGGAGCUCCAUAACUUUGGAGAAGUUGCUACUAGUUCGAAGGGUCUCUCUUUUUUCUGGAAACAGAUUUGGUUUGCUCAAAUACCGGGCAAGGUUAAAGUUCAUUGGUGGAAAUUUCAGAUUCGAUCAUAUGACAUGUUGUUUCAAUCUACCUUGGCUACACCUCGUAGUACUGCAUUGAGGGGUAGGGUAGUUUGGUUACCACCUCCUUCCGGCUGGCUUAAGGCCAACUGUGAUGGAGCCUUUGAUUUCUCCUCCAAAUUAGGUGGAUUAGGAGUGGUUAUUCGAGAUGCUAUGGGUGAUAUUGUUGGUGGAGUUUGUAUUACGGUCAAUUCUGUUACCUCUCCAGAUAUUGUUGAGGCCAUGGCUUGCAGGGCUGCUUGUUCCCUGGCAGUGCAGUUUCACCUUUCUCCUAUUAUGUUUGAGACAGAUUGUCAGAGUUUAGUUUCUACUAUUGAGGCUGAGGGGGAGAAGACUUCAUCCUUGGGUCGUAUUAUUGAGGAUAUCAACUUUUCUCUUGGGAUUUUAGUUGGUUCUUCCUUGAGACAUGUGUAUCGUGAAGCUAAUAUGGCUGCUCAUAAUUUAGCUAAACUAGCUUUACAUUCUUCUUUUAAUCUUUCAUGGAGUGGGCUUGUCCCUCCUGAUAUUAGAGGCUUUGUGGCUUCUCAUUGUACUCUUUGA